CGUGAGUAGCCUGGUGUCACGACCGCGAUCCCACAUGGAGGUCACAGGUUACAACACCGUGGAAGUCUGUUGUCAAACGGGUUUAUGACGCAGUGUUUGUGCAAACAGAGGAAGGGCAGGUGAAAUGCAGGAGCAUUGAUCUAAUACCAACAGAGGAGAACUGACUAGUAGUGUUUACGCUAUGGAGACUUUAGCUGACGUCCUAAACGUAUUCCACAUCAAGACCAGUGGAUUGUCUGUGACGAUCAGCCUCUUUCUCGUCUUUCUCGGCCUUCUCUACUGGUAUUCAGUUUACCCCUAUUCAGUCCUUUCUCGAUGUGGAAUCAAGCAUCCAAAGCCGGUGCCUUUCUUGGGCAACAUAUUCAUGUUCCGCCAGGGUUUUUUCAACCCCAUCAAUGACCUCAUCAAGACACAUGGCAGAGUUUGUGGUUAUUAUUUGGGCCGGCGCCCGGUGGUGGUGAUAGCGGACCCCGACAUGCUAAGACAGGUGAUGGUCAGGGACUUCAGCAGCUUCACCAACAGAAUGACCCUCCGCUUCGCUUCCAAGCCCAUGACCGACUGUCUGCUCAUGCUGAGGAAUGAACGCUGGAAGAGAGUGCGGAGCAUCCUCACCCCGUCGUUCAGUGCUGCCAAGAUGAAGGAGAUGGUUCCUCUCAUCAACACAGUCACCGAUUCCCUGAUGAGCAAUUUGAAUGUCUCCGCUGAGUCCGGAGAGACCUUUGACAUCCACAAGUGUUUCGGCUGCUUCACCAUGGACGUUAUUGCCAGCGUGGCAUUUGGAACUCAGGUGGACUCUCAGAAGAACCCAGAUGACCCGUUUGUCCGCCAUGCGCAGAUGUUCUUCUCCUUUUCUUUCUUCAGGCCCAUCAUGCUGUUCUUCAUUGCUUUUCCGUUCAUCACGGCUCCUCUGGCAAGAUUCCUCCCCAACAAAAGACGAGACCAGAUGAAUCACUUCUUCAUCAACACCAUCCAGAAGAUCAUCAAGCAGCGGGAGGAGCAGCCGGCUGAAGAGCGGCGUCGAGACUUCCUCCAGCUGAUGUUGGAUGCUCGGACCAGCAAGGAGUGCGUGUCUCUGGAGCACUUUGACUCCGCCGCUCAUGCCGCAGAUCAGGAGACGCAGCCGUCGGCCUCGGGGGAGCAGGACGACCGCCUCCCCCCCCCGCAGGAGCCCUCCUCCAGGCGUCCCCCGAAGAAGAUGAUAACCGAGGACGAGAUCGUGGGUCAGGCCUUCGUCUUUCUUCUGGCGGGCUACGAAACCAGCAGCAACACGUUGGCCUUCACCUGCUACCUCCUGGCCAUCAACCCUGAAUGUCAACGCAAAGUACAGCGAGAGGUGGACGAGUUCUUCGCCAGACACGAGUCACCAGAUUACACAAAUGUCCAGGAGCUGAAGUAUUUAGACAUGGUUAUAAGUGAAACACUGCGCCUCUACCCGCCUGGGUUCAGGUUUGCAAGAGACAUCGAUCAGGACUGUGUGUUGAACGGCCAGUUCCUUCCCAAAGGAGCCACGCUGGAGAUCCCAGCGGGCUUCCUCCACUACGACCCGGAGCAUUGGACGGAGCCGCAGAGCUUCAUUCCUGAGCGAUUCACACCGGAGGCCAAAGCCAGCCGUCACCCGUUUGUAUACCUGCCGUUCGGGGCCGGCCCCCGGAACUGUGUGGGAAUGAGGCUCGCCCAACUGGAAAUCAAAAUGGCUCUAGUGCGUCUGUUCCACAGGUUCAGCGUCGUGGCCUGCUCCGAGACCAAGGUUCCUCUUGAGUUGAAGUCCUCAAGCACUCUAGGACCUAAAAACGGCAUAUUUGUGAAAAUUCAACGCAGAGACGUCCACAGUGAAGGAGUGAAUUCCCCACCAGACGAUUAGAGACUAACGCUGAUCGUCCUUUAAACAGACACGAAGCAUUCUGCAGGUCCAAAGUGUGCAUCGAUUAUGAAUAGGUCAUUCAGGGCUUAUGUAAUUCAAAGUAAAUUCAUCAACCUUAACCCAGCAAUGUUUUUAGUUUCAUGCACUGUUCAUGAAAUCUGUCACCUGAACAUUCCUUCAUUUAAUGUCAGUCAGUGGUUCUUUACUACCUCUUCCUCCCAUGAAUUAUGGUUAAUUAGCUAUAUCAUUAACCACCAUUCAUGCAGUGUUACUGAUUACAUUUUAGUGGUGACUAAAUACUUACAUAAAUUAAUGUGUGAUGAUUUGAUCUUUCUGUUCUAUAUUUAUUCGCUGCCUUUAAAAAGUGACAUUAAUGUUGUUCUCUACUUCAAUGAUUUCACCACAGACAAAUAAAGUAUCAUUUGCAUGUA